GAGGGGCGUGGUGGAGGUGUGUAGCAUGUGAUUCUGAAAAAGAGACAAUGGCUGAGAGUUGGAGCGUUCCUGGGUCAGUGGAGUCUAUAGUGUGCGUCAACCCUGUGCGUAACGUAGUGGAGGAUGACUGUACAGAGGCGCUGACGCUGAGGGACCUCUCAGUAGAGCUCAUAGACACUUCCACUGGAGACCCAACUCGCUUUGGCACUCUGCCUGUACAUCCAGCUGUGACUGAGGCUAUACUCAAGGUGGUACAAUCUGGCAAGUACAAUGGAUACUAUCCAUCCAAUGGUAUUCUUGAGACUAGAGAAGCAGUGGCCCAGUACUUCUCAAGACCCCAGGCACCACUUACAGCUCAAGAUGUAGUCAUGACCAGCUCUUGCAGUGGUGCCAUGGACAUCACAGCCAUGGUUCUGUGUAAUCCUGGGCAAUCUAUUCUACUACCUAUGCCAUGUUUUGGUCUCUGGAAGGCCCUUGCUGAAGCACGAGGAGUCAUUGUCAAGUACUAUAAUCUACUCCCUGACAAAGGUUGGGAGGCUGACCUUGAUUCCCUGGAAGGUGCUAUAGACUCUACCACUGCUGCUAUAGUGGUGGUCAACCCUAGCAAUCCUUGUGGCUCUGUGUUCUCCCGCGCACACUUGAAGGCAAUAGUGGAUGUGGCUCAGAGACACCAUCUACCCAUCAUUGCUGAUGAGAUAUACGAUGGCAUGGCUUUCUCUGGACAUGAGUUUGUGUGUGUGGCAGAAGUGUCGGACAGUGUGCCAGUCUUGUCCUGUGGUGCAGUGUCCAAGAUCUUCAUGAUCCCAGGCUGGAGACUGGGCUGGAUACUCAUUCAUGACAGGAACGGGGCAUUUCAACAACAGGUACGUCCCGGACUAGGCAGACUCUCUAGGAAGAUACUAGGCCCAUGCACACUAGUGCAAGCUGCACUCCCUGACAUACUCACCAAUGUUCCCGAUAGUUACAAGCAAAGAAACUUGGAAUUUCUAGAAAGAAAUGCCAGAAAGUGUUUUGAGAAGCUGUCUAAAGUGGAUGGUUUAACUCCAUUCAUGCCAGCAGGAGCCAUGUACAUGAUGGUGAACAUUGACUUGGAGAGGUUUAGGUUUGGAUCGGAUGUGGACUUUAUCAAAGCUCUGCUGAUUGAGGAGAGUGUUUUUGUCAUGCCUGGAAAGGCAUUCUGUGCACAGAGCUGUUUCCGUGUGGUCCUCAUACUACCUGAUGAUAAGAUUUCUGAAGCUUGCAAGAGAAUUGCAAAGUUCUGUUCUAAGCAUGACACUGCCGCACAAUCUAACUAGUGGACCCUGUGACUGGACCCUGUGACUUAUUUAUUUACUUACUGCAUUUUUAUUGUGUUAUUUAUUGUACAUGUAAUUUUUUGUAAAGUUGUGUAAGUUG